AACUAUACAAGGCACAUUGCACCACCAUUUUCACUUAUUUGUAAUUUUUCUACUCCUUCUUAUCCCAAAUUUUCUUGAUAACUCCUUUAGUCUGCACCUAGUACUCCUAAAGACAAGAACUUCAAACCCUAGUCUUACGAACAGUUUGUCUUUAUUCGCUCUAGAACCUAAAAGAAAUAUUUUUUCACGUCGUUUAAAAACCCAAGCUUUAAUUUAUAUUUUUCGCAAGUGUACAUACUAUUUGUAAUAUAAAGUUUAGAUACAGAAUUAAGUCAAAAUAUGGAUCAAGGAGAAACAGUGGUACUCAAUGCUGCAGGAAUUCAACGAAGUCCUUGGGGGAAGACGCCUUCAGUAGCUCCUUGUUCGCUGUCUUCGGUUAUUGACGAAGAAAUGGCGAGGGAUUUGCAGCAGAAAGAAGAAGACUUGGCUUUAAAACACAGUCUCGCUGUAGAACUUCCAGUGGCUGGAGCAAGUGGUUCUGAUGUCGAGAACGAUUUAUUGCUGGCUCAGAUGCUUCAGAAUGAAUUUGAUAAAGAGAACGAUCAUUAUGUUAAUAUCUGUGAACAGAAGUACAAUGGAAAUAGCAAAGUUUCAUUGAGCUUCGACAAUUACCGCAGUGUUCAUGCACAGCUGAAAGAUGAUUCUAGUUCUUCUGAUGAGCAGGAAGCAUUUGAAGAUGAUUUAGAUACACCACCGCCACCUGACCCUGACAAGAGUAAGAUAAGCGUUAAACCAAAAGGAACCAAGAAGCAGAUUGCUACCAAACAUGACGCUAUGGUUUGUGGGAGAAAGAAUGUUAGAAGCCUUGAAAAGUUUCCACCAGGGUUUGCAGCGGGAGAUGUGGGAAGCAAGCAGCUUGAUCUCAAGCUCUCCAACCAUGUCUACAACAACUUGAAGCAACACUCCUACAAAGAGGAGAGACAGAGUCACAGACUACACGAGAAGAAAGAACACUCAACACAUGAGCAAGCCUUGGACCCCAAGACACGCCUUCUGUUGUACAAGUUGGUGAAUAACGAGACACUUGAGAAUGUGAAUGGGUGCAUUAGCACAGGCAAGGAAGCUUGUGUGUUUCAUGCUAAUGGAGGAAGGAAGGAGAAUGGUGAAGAACUCCCUAAAGAAUGUGCCGUCAAGGUCUUCAAGACGACUCUGAAUGAGUUCAGAACGCGGGAGAGGUACAUCAAAGAUGACCACAGGUUCAGAGACAGGUUCAGCAAGCAGAAUCCCAGGAAGGUGAUCCGUCUCUGGGCAGAGAAAGAGAUGUGUAACUUGAGCAGGAUGCAGAAGGCAGGGAUUUCCUGCCCCAGUGUAGUUCUACUCAAGAAACACAUUCUGGUCAUGAGCUUUGUUGGGAGAGACAUGAAGGCUGCUCCCAAGCUAAAAGAUGCUGUUCUGUCUUCAAACCAGCUGAAACUGGCAUAUGAACAGUGUAUUGAGAUGAUGUGUGCCAUGUAUCAGAAAUGCAAGCUUGUUCAUGCUGACCUAAGUGAAUACAACAUGUUAUGGCAUGAUAAUCGGGUAUGGUUCAUUGAUGUCAGCCAGGCUGUUGAGCCCAUCCACCCACAUGCCCUGGAGUUCUUGUACCGUGAUUGUACUAACAUCAUAGAGUUCUUCAAGAAGCAAGGAAAUCAACAGGUCAUGUCUGUACCUCAGCUGUUUCUCAAGGUGUCCGGUCUUGACAUACCGCUGUGCGAGGAUGAAAGCCUCUUUCUAGCAAAGGUUCAGUCAUAUGAGAGAUAUGAGAUGACCAUCGGUGGACGUAAAAAUGUACAACCUUAUGCCUUUGACUAUUUCUUUAACAAGACGUCAAGUUGUGGAUCUGAUGAGAAUGUUUCAGAUGACUCCCCAGAUGAAUUGACGACCAACGAUUGAAAUUGGUUAAACAAAGCUUUGAAGAAGGUAGUAUUUGUAAUGUAUGCUGUUCGAGUGUAGUGAAUGAAGUAAAAGAUUAACAAAGGGAAAUAAAUACAUCUAAAGAAAAUCA